AUGCCAGAAUCGGUCUAUGAUAACCUGAAACCGGCUUUUGAUCCUCUUUCUCCUUUGUUACAACUUUACAAGAACAGAAAUAGUAUCAACGACGCGAUUCCCUUCCACGUGACUGGUGUUCUAGAAAAUUGUGAAACGAGUGGGUUGUUGACCUUCUCCUUGCUGCAACCGCGGUUUAACAUCGUUGAUUUGUGUGAGGAACUUAAAGAGCACUAUGGAGACGCUUAUGACAGUGGAGACCUUAAAUCAGUCGGCUGUUCGAAGGUGAGUACUAUUGUUUGUUUUAAAAGUUUUUAGCUUAUCCUUGGUAACAAUUACUUGACCAGAUUCACGGAUGGAAACUUCUACAGAUGUCGUCUAAUUCAUUUCAAGAACGGGUUUGCUCUAGUCCGAUUUUUGGACAUGGACUACGAGGUGAAAAUCCAUACUGAUCGAAUUUAUGAGUUGGAUUUCCAAUUCACGACAGACAAAUACAACUAUUCCUUGGUCGUCCCGGCGUACACAUUGAGUAGGUAUUGUUUGUUCUUUACAUUUGGGUUAUGUAUUUUUUACUACGUGAUUUUGUAGGUCCAGCAGCACUGGGAUCGAUUGGUUUGCCGAAUGUUCACAGUGUGAAAGCCGGGAGUAUCAUGGACUUCCUAAUUCUGCAUAUUGGCUUCAGAUGUCUGGUAUUGGCAGCUCCACAUAAUUUUGGCCUUUUCCGUUUUUCUGGUCAACGUCUGUUGUACAAUUCACCGAUUGACGAGGAAUGGUUUAAUCUUUUGUCAGAGAAAGUCCCUGAGAAGAGAUUUGAAGGACAAUGUUACCCAUCGAUCAAGCCAAAGUUUGGACCUCAUUGGAACUUCGGCCAGGUGAUGGGAGUUGACGGCCUUCAUAGUGUGUUUAUCAGGGAUCUUCGUAAGUCCUGAUUUUACGAGUAUUCAUUUUAUAGAAUCGUCUAUCCGGGCUUUCUACAUUCACCAGAGACUGCAACAAUUGUUCAAUAAAGUCGAAUUCAAGUCCAAAUUCCAGGCUAAAGAGGGUGACGAAUUUGUUCUUGAUCAACCUUGCGUUUUCUACGAUUCCACAUCAAAGGUAAGUCGGGAGAGCCUCCUAAUACGUAUUCUUAGAUGUAUUAUCGAGGAAAGGUCACAAAUCUGACCGACGUUUUCAUUGAUGCCAGUGGAGUAGAUUUUCCAUCGAGGAAAAUUAUCGGAGCCGCACUCUCAUCCGGCGUGUUUUAUUAUCUUCCUUGUGGGUUUGGCUUCCCUUCAACGGUAGUGUCGGCUUUUCCUUACUGAUUUUGUUUUAGGUGUAUCCGGUUAAAUUAGUACAACAAUCCACCUCAUACGAUCAACGAUACGACGAGUUACUGCAAGGCCUUUUGUUUGAUAACACCCCGGUUUGUUUUCAAUUGAGUGCGUUCAGCAGAACGGUAGAGAUGAGGCUUCUGGAUGGAGCCAGUGUCCUGGCAGAGAUAAAAUUCGAUGGAGUAAGUGUUUUUGCAAGAGUUGUAUGGUUUUAGGACAAAGGUUUGGGGCCUUUUGGCGCGUCGAUGACCAACAGAUCAUUUGUCAAGUCGAGUCAGUUCAUAUCUUCCAUGCCAAAAUGGGAGGCAAUGGGUAUGGGAGAAUCAGGUGAGAAGAAGUCUGAACCGAAGAGGAGGACUAUCGCCUCGAUAUUCGAGACCUCAUUGCCGCCUCGUAAACCAGAAAAGAAGGGACCUCCGACAGGUUGUGAUGAAGCCGGAUAUGUUUUUUCUGAUGGGUAUAAUUAUAUUUGCUACCGAACCCAAGAAAAUGAUAACAAAUUCAGGACGCUGCAAAGCGCCCUCAACACGGUAUGUCUUUUAUUGUUCAGUAUGUAUUGCUAUUUUUAGGUGAGGCUAACUGGUAUGAAUGCACUUGAUUAUCCGACCGCGGGCGAAUAUUAUCUGGUCAGAGCUCCCUCCGAUAACUGCAUCUACCGGGCUACGAUAGAAAAGGUCGAGGAGGAUAUGGUUACCGUUUUCCAUAUUGACACUGGGAUGAAAUUCAAGCAGCAUAUUAAUACUUUCCGAGGUUCUGCUAUGCCUCUUUCAUCGGCAUCAACAGAGGUAAGUCUUUCAUAUUUGUUGUCUUUAUGUUUAGUUUUCAUUGGAAGCAGUCCAACCUCUUGCUGAAGGUCCCUUCAAAAUGGCCGGAGACAUUCCUGAAGAUGAAAAGAUCUUAUAUAAGCAUCUUAAGUUGAAGGUGGCGUUGAGGUGUGUGCUGUCCGACAUGGGAACUGCCUACAUCAAGCAGGGGGACAAGGGAAUCUACCUCUACAACAGAGAAGGAGAGAGCAUCAAUGAUUACUAUGUUAAGACCAUGAGAAAUAACGAGUCAUAG